AGGGUGUGGCAGAAUCGAAAACCGCUCCUGAACCUUCCACGAUUCACGAAGCCGUUCAUCCCGCGCUCGAGGCCGUUAGAUUCGGUUAGAUUCGCAAGACAUCGGAGCAGCUCGGGCAGGAGUCGAACCUGACCCGUCACCCGAUCGGUGUGAAGUGAGUCGCGCGCGCGGAGCCGGCGGAGCACAGUGAACGGCGGUGGUGGGUGGAUUGUGUUCGUGUCAGCGCGUCGUUCCUGUGCAAAAAGCGGAGUCCACGACGGCACUCGACGCCAGUCAUCGCUUCGUGUUCGGAAAAAUCGCCGGCCGCGUCUUGAGUCGCAACGAUACGGAAAGGAAGGAAGAGGCAGACGUCAGGAGAGAAAAAGAGUACAAGCAGGAUCCCGUGACAUUGUCAAUGAAUUCCGGUUUAAAUCGUUCGCCCAACCCGGUGAAUGUUAAUUGAAGAGCAAACACGAGGCAGAAUGCAAACUCGACAGAUCCUAGGCGUGUGCCAUCGUUUGGUAGAACUAAUUGUGAGAGGAGUAUCACUGUUAGUUGCUUUUGUCAGAGGGCCGGCACAAUCUCAACCACCCAUCAAAGAUUUAACUCUCCUGCACAGCACAACCACUUUAGCGUUAAAAAUUCGAAAUAGACAAUUAACUUCCGAAGAUGUGGUAUCUUCGUAUAUAGAAAGAAUAAAAGAGAUUCAACCGAUACUCAACUGUGUGGUCGCAGAACGCUUUGAAGAAGCUCUUAAAGAAGCGAGAAAAUGCGACGAACUGUUAAAAUCUCAGGAUGCUCCGUCCGUGGAGUUUCUGGCCAAAGAAAAACCAUUAUUUGGCAUACCUUUCACCACCAAGGACUGUAUUGCAGUCAAAAACAUGCAGCAAACGGCCGGUUUAGUUAUACGAAAAAACACUGUCGUUGAUAGAGAUGCAGAAGUGAUAAGAUUAAUAAGAUCAGCUGGAGCCAUACCUCUGGCACUGACAAAUGUUUCAGAACUGGCAAUGUGGUGGGAAAGCAGUAAUUGUUUAUUUGGUAUCACCAAGAAUCCAUAUAAUACAAGACAUAUUGUGGGCGGUUCUUCGGGUGGUGAAGGUUGUAUACAAGCAGCAGCUGGAUCACCAUUUGGAAUUGGCUCGGAUAUUGGUGGCUCUAUUCGUAUGCCGGCAUUCUUCAAUGGAAUUUUUGGUCAUAAGCCAACUAAGGGAAUUGUUUCGAAUGAUGGUCAAUAUCCUAGUGCACAUGGCGAUGAUCAAGAGCAAUUACUCGCCAUUGGACCAAUGUGUAGAUUUGCACAAGAUUUAACAUUAAUUCUUAAAAUUAUCGCAGAUAAAAAUGCCGAUUUAUUGAAGUUAAAUCAGAAAGUGGAUAUUUCGAAAAUCAAGCUCUAUUAUAUGGAAGACGAUGGUGGUCAGUAUCUGAUUUCGCCAGUGGAUCCAGAGAUAAAAGCCGCUAUGAAAAGAGUGUUAAAUUAUUUCGAAAAAGCGCACAAAGUUAAAGCCACGAAAGUAAACGUAAAGAAGUUUAAAAAAAGCAUAGCCCUCUGGUUGGCAAACAUGUCAUGCAAGGAGGAGGAAGAUUUUUCAUACGAGCUAACCAAUAGAAAAGGUCAACUUAAUGUUUGGUUUGAAAUUAUUAAAUGGAUGUUAUUUAUGAGCAAUCACACUUUGGUUGCUCUUGUCACUGCCAUAUUCGAAAAAUGUGGCUUAAAACAUGGAAGUGAGAAACAUGUUCGACUUAUGCAACAGAGUAAAGAUCUUUAUCAGGAAUUUAAGGAUAUUUUAGGAGAAGACGGUGUGUUUUUGUAUCCAACACAUCCAACUGCAGCUCCAAUGCACCAUGAACCGUUGUGUAAGCCGUUCAACUUUUCUUAUACUGCAAUCAUUAAUGUAUUAGGCCUACCGGCUACGGCUUGUCCAUUAGGUUUAAAUAAACAAGGACUUCCCAUUGGAUUACAAGUCGUAGCAGGACUUUAUCAAGAUCAUUUAUCUCUCGCUGUUGCGGAAGAAUUGGAACGAGGUUUCGGAGGAUGGGUACCACCAGCAAUAGUAGCCUGAUGUCAAUACUGUCAUAGACAAUAAUUCUAUGAAUGAACGAUACACACAUAAAAGCCUCAUCUUACCGACCCUGCCAUCUUUCUCUUGCGAAGUAUUAUAUUUAUAUCAAGAUUUUCAUCUAUGUAAACACUAUCGAGGGCCAGAGUUGCCUGGACGUAGAGCGGCGCCGAGAGGAAGUGUAUCGCCUUGAAUCGGGCGGGAAAUCGCCC